AUGUCUGAAGAAAGCGCUCCGGUCUUGUCCACGCCCGCGGACUACAUUCUCGAGCCAGUAACAGCCGCGGGACCCACCAGUAGAGAUGCAUUAUCAGAAGAACAGCUCCAUCUGCAGUACGAGAUCCGACGGACAAUAGAUGAGAUUCGCCAAGGAAGAUGGAGGAAGAUCGCGCUGCAAUUUCCGGAUGACAUGCUGAGGGACGCUCCGAGAGUGUUUGAAGCCCUGCGGGACGGUCUGGAACAGUCAAGGAAAGAGCCAAUAUCGAACCAAGACGUCGAGCAUUCCACACAGCACGCCACAGUGGAAGCAUCAUCCGAAGUCCCCAUCGACAACCCUGAAGAAACCAUCUGCAUCCUCGCCGACACUUCCUACGGAUCCUGCUGCGUCGAUGAAGUCGCCGCCGAACAUUGCGAUGCCGAGGUCGUUGUCCACUACGGUCGCUCCUGUCUCUCGCCCACCGCUCGCUUACCCGUCAUCUACAUCUUUACCUCUGCUCCCCUGGACCUACCAUCUGUCAUCACAUCCUUCGAAGCAACAUAUCCAGACAAAGCGGAGAAAGUCUGCCUCAUGGCCGACAUCCCUUACGCCAAGCACUUACCAAUCCUGCACUCCUCCCUCCUCUCUUCAGGCUACACCAAUCUCUUCCUAACAGAAGUCGUCCACGACCCAUCAUCUCUCAUUCCGAAUCGGACAGUCCCGCCAGAGGCCCUUUCCGACCAAUUCGCAUUGAAGGCCUACUCCAUCUUCCACAUCUCUACACCACCCACCUCCCUCCUCCUCAUUCUCACAUCCCGCAUCGCCGCCAUGCACAUAUACCCCACUGCCACCACCUCACCUACAACGACCGCCCUCGCUCCAUCGAAUUACACCACACCCCUUCUGCGCCGGCGCUACGCCCUCUGCACUCGUCUCUCCACGGCCUCCAUCUUCGGCAUCCUGAUCAACACACUCAGCGUAUCAUCUUACCUGCUCGCCCUGAAGCAUUGCCAAGACCUCAUCACCGCGGCAGGGAAGAAGUCCUAUGUCUUUGUCGUGGGCAAGUUGAAUCCUGCGAAACUGGCAAAUUUCGCAGAGGUGGAUGGAUGGGUGGUCGUGGGUUGCUGGGAGAGUAGUCUGGUCGAAGGAGAUGGGUGGUAUAAGCCGGUCAUUACGCCUUUUGAGUUGGAAAUUGCUCUGCAAAGCGACGACGAGAGGAGAUGGGGUGGAGAGUGGGUGGGUGAUUGGAGGGGAUUGCUGAAGGAUGGGAAGAGGGAGGAUGGUCAAGAAAGCCUUCGAACAAUCGACGACGCCGACCAAGAAAUCCAAGACGACUCCGACUCCGAACCACCAGCCUUCGACCUCCGCACAGGCCGCUACGUCUCCACUUCCCGUCCAAUGGGUCGACCCACCACCAGCAAGCCUUCGAACCCAAUCAAUGCCUCCAUCACAAACACGACAAAGCCCUCCACAGAUCUCACCAUCCGCGCGAAAGAAACUCACCUCACGACCAUCGGUUCCCGUCCCUCACCUGGCGCCGCGUAUCUCAAUUCGAAGCGUACAUGGCAGGGUUUGGGAAGUGACUUUUCGGCUUAUGAACGGGAUGAAGAGGGGAGGAUUCGAGGGGCGGAGAUGGAGAGUGGGAGGGAGGGGGUUGCGAAGGGGUAUAGAAGUCAUGUUGGGAAGGAGGGCGGCGGGAGUUGA